AUGUUAGGCGAGGGUUCUAGUAACAAAAUAAGCCAAUCGGUGCCUUUAAAUAACAAUACUGUUUCCAGGCGAAUUGAUGAAAUGGCUGCAGACGUCGAAUCAAAACUUACAGACAUGCUAAAAAAAAGGAAAUUUACUUUACAUAUAGAUGAAUCUAUUGUAAUUGUUAACAAAGCAAUUUUGUUGGCCUAUGUGAGAUUCAUCAAUGAGCAGAAGGAAAUUACUGAGGAAAUGUUAGCAAGAAGUUUGAUCACUGAUGCGCAGGGGUUAUCCAUUUUUAAUGUAUUAAAAGAGUAUUUUGAGAAAAAGGAUAUUCCCCUAUCAAACGUAAGCGCCGGCGCUACAGACGGAGCUCAUGCCAUGUCUGAGUUUCUGGCCUACCCGAAGAAAGAAGUUCCAGGCGUUAUCAUUAUACACUGCGUUAUCCAUCGCAAACACUUAGCAGCAAAAAAUUAA